GGACCCGGACCCGGACGGGGACGGGGCGCGCUCGCCAUGCAGUGCCUGGGGCUCCGGGGCCGCAGCCGCAGCCGCUCCCGGGAACUUUUCCUGCAGGAGCAGAGCCUCCGGGUGGCGGCGCUGAACGGGCAGAGGCUGGGCCUGCAGGAUGACCGUGACCUCCAGGCCCUGCUGAAGGGCAGCCAGCUGCUGAAGGUCAAGUCCGGCUCCUGGCGGCGUGAGCGCUUCUACAAGCUCCAGGAAGACUGCAAGACCAUCUGGCAAGAGUCGAGAAAGGUCAUGAGGACCCCGGAGUCCCAGCUCUUCUCCAUCGAGGACAUCCAGGAAGUCCGCAUGGGGCAUCGCACCGAGGGCCUGGAGAAGUUUGCCCGGGAUAUCCCAGAGGACCGCUGCUUCUCCAUCAUCUUCAAGGACCAACGCAACACACUGGACCUCAUCGCCCCUUCCCCGGCCGACGCCCAGCACUGGGUUCAAGGCCUCCGCAAGAUCAUCCACCACUCGGGCUCCAUGGACCAGAGGCAGAAGCUGCAGCACUGGAUCCAUUCCUGCUUGCGGAAAGCCGACAAGAACAAAGACAACAAGAUGAGCUUCAAGGAGCUGCAGAACUUCCUGAAGGAGCUGAACAUUCAAGUAGACGACAGCUACGCCCGCAAGAUCUUCAGGGAAUGUGACCGCUCUCAGACCGACUCUCUGGAGGAUGAAGAGAUCGAGGCCUUCUACAGGAUCCUUACCCAGCGGGACGAGAUUGACCGCACCUUCGCCCUGGCCGCUCAAUCGGGAGACACGCUCUCCGUGGACCAACUGGUCAACUUCCUGAAACAACAGCAGAGGGAAGAGGCGGCCGGCCCCGCCCUGGCCAUAUCUCUCAUCGAGCGUUAUGAGCCCAGCGAAGCUGCCAAAGCCGGCAGGCACAUGACCAAGGACGGCUUCCUCAUGUACCUGCUGUCGGCGGACGGCAGCGCCUUCAGCCUGGCCCACCGGCGCGUCUACCAGGACAUGGGGCAGCCUCUCAGCCACUACCUGGUGUCGUCCUCGCACAACACCUACCUGCUGGAGGACCAGCUGGCCGGGCCCAGCAGCACAGAGGCCUACAUCCGGGCUCUCUGCAAAGGCUGCCGGUGUCUGGAGCUGGACUGCUGGGAUGGGCCGAACCAGGAGCCGAUCAUCUACCACGGCUACACCUUCACCUCCAAGAUCCUCUUCUGCGACGCGCUCAGGGCCAUCCGGGACUACGCCUUCAAGGUCUCCCCGUACCCUGUCAUCCUGUCGCUGGAGAACCACUGCAGCCUGGAGCAGCAGCGGGUGAUGGCCAGGCACCUGCGGGCCAUUCUGGGGCCCAUGUUGCUGGACAAGCCGCUGGACGGGGUGACCACCAGCCUGCCUUCCCCCGAGCAAUUGAAGGGGAAGAUCCUGUUGAAGGGGAAGAAACUCGGGGGGCUGCUGCCCCCGGGAGGGGCCCCCGGCUCAGAGGCAGCGGAUGUAUCGGACGAAGAUGAGGCCGCCGAGAUGGACGACGAGGCUGUGAGGAGCCGAGUACAACAUAAACCCAAGGAGGAAAAGGUCAGAUUGGCUCCGGAACUUUCCGACAUGGUCAUCUACUGCAAGAGCGUCCAUUUUGCGGGGUUCGCCAAUCCUGGGCCCAGCACGCAGGCGUUUUACGAGAUGGCGUCCUUCUCUGAGAACCGUGCCCUUCGGUUGCUCCAGGAGUCCGGCAACUCCUUCAUCCGCCAUAAUGUGGAUCACCUGAGCAGAAUCUACCCUGCCGGCUGGAGGACGGACUCCUCGAAUUACAGCCCGGUGGAGAUGUGGAACGCAGGGUGUCAGAUAGUGGCCCUGAACUUCCAGACACCGGGGUCGGAGAUGGAUGUCUACCAGGGCCGCUUCCAGGACAACGGGGCCUGUGGGUACGUGCUGAAGCCUGCUUUCCUGCGGGACCCCAGCACCACCUUCAACUCCCGCGCCCUGACGCAGGGGCCCUGGUGGGCCCCGAAGCGGCUGAACAUCAGGGUUAUUUCUGGACAACAGCUGCCCAAAGUCAAUAAGAAUAAGAAUUCCAUUGUGGACCCGAAGGUGACCGUGGAGAUCCACGGUGUGGGCCGGGAUGUGAGCAGUCGCCACACUGCAGUGGUCACCAAUAAUGGCUUCAAUCCCUGGUGGGACACGGAGUUUGAAUUUGAAGUGGCGGUGCCGGAGCUCGCCUUGGUACGAUUUGUCGUGGAGGACUACGACGCCUCCUCGAAGAACGACUUCAUCGGCCAGAGCACCAUCCCCUGGGGCAGCCUGAAGCAGGGUUACCGCCAUGUCCAUCUCUUGUCUAAGAAUGGGGAUCAGCACCCGUCAGCCACGCUCUUUGUGAAGAUCUGCAUCCAGGACUAGAACUGAGGACUCGGUGGAGUUUUCCCUGACUGAAGCAGGCCUUGCACCCGCAGUUAGGACAAGGAUGGUGUGAUCGUGGAUCCUUAUUGAGGGCAAGGAUGGUGUGAUCCCAGACCCGCAUCUAGGGCAAGGAUGGUGCCCCUGUGGCCGCCUCUGGCGUGGACAAGGCUUCCUCUGAACUGCCUUCAGCUCUCUCGCACCGGACUGUUGGUUGCUUCUUGAGGGUGUUCCAGGGCUGUCAUUCAUUCCGUUAGGAACAACACUGCAAUCCUCUCCAUCCUCCGCCGGCUUGUAAGGCUGAGGGUUUUGAUUAAAUAAAAUUU